GCUGUGGCCACUUCUGUUUGUUGGCGCGGUUGUUGAAUAGCUAGGAGCAGGCUAUAACAACUCCGACCAAAAAGUCUCUUUGUGGGAUAUAUAUAGAGGGUUCACAAGGAUGGAAAAUGGCAGGGCCCAGUUUCCAUUCCCUUACCAGCCUUACAACAUCCAGGAGGAGUUUAUGCAAGCCUUAUACAGUUCCCUUGACCAAGGCAAAGUUGGCAUCUUUGAAAGUCCUACUGGAACGGGCAAAUCACUGAGUCUGAUAUGUGGGGCGCUGAGCUGGCUCACAGAUUACGAGGAGAAGAAGAGGCAGGAGGCUGCUGCUCUGUUGCAGGAAGGAGAGACGACUCUUUCCACUCCUGCCGCUCAGUCGUCCACCACCGGCUCAUCAGCAGAGCCAGACUGGAUCACUGACUUUGUUCAAAAAAAGGCUGAGCGUGAUUUGGUGUCAAAGUUGAAGGAGGAUGAAUUGAAGAGAAAGAAGAGGGAGGAACGGUUAGAAAUGAUCAGAAACAAUGUUCAACUGAAGUAUGCACUUAAAAGAAAGAGCUGUGAAGAGGAUGAGGCAUUCAAGUUGCUUCAGCUCAGUAAAGAGGAAAAGGUUGAGGCACAAGGAGAUCAAGAAGAUGAGGAGCUUAUCAUUGCAGAAUAUGAGAGUGAUGAUGAGGCAAAGAGCAAAAGCAGAUUCUUUGGAGCUGAGGAUGAUGAAGAUGAUGACCUUGUCGAAGAGCAUGUUACCAAGAUUUACUACUGCAGUCGUACUCACUCCCAGCUGGCCCAGUUUGUCCAUGAGGUUCAAAAGAGCCCCUUCAGUAAGGACAUCAGUCUGGUCACACUGGGCUCACGACAGAAUCUGUGCAUCAACGAAGAGGUGCGACGCCUGGGCAGCAUCCAGCGCAUUAAUGACCGCUGUUUGGAGAUGCAGAAAAACAAGCACGAAAAGCAGCACCAUGACGAGGGUGUAAAACGUAAAAGAGGCCCAGCAAAGAGUGUGUGUCCUUAUAAUAAAGCUUCAGCGCUGCAUCAGAUGAGGGAUGAAGUUCUGGGGACUGUCCACGACAUAGAGCAGCUGCUGAAGCUGGGCAAGGAAACGCAUUCAUGCCCUUAUUAUGCCUCACGCCUCGCUGUUCCCCCCGCUCAGUUGGUGGUGUUGCCCUAUCAGAUGGUGCUUCAUGAAGCUACAAGAAAGGCAGCAGGGGUCCAGCUCAAGGGACAGGUGGUAAUCAUAGACGAAGCCCACAACCUUAGCGACACUCUCUCCUGUAUACACAGUGCAGAGCUCACUGGAGCACAGCUUUGCCGUGCCCAGUCCCAGCUCACUCAGUAUGCUGACCGCUAUAAGAGCAGACUGAAAGCCAAAAAUCUGAUGUACAUCAAACAAAUUCUGUUUGUGAUUGAGGGUCUUGUUCGGGCCUUGGGAGGUAAGGUGGGGCAGAACCCACAGAGUCAGACAACACAAACAGGAACAGAGAUGCUUACCAUUAACAACUUCCUCUUCAAGGCUCAGAUUGACAAUAUCAACCUAUUCAAGUUACAAAGAUACUUUGAGAAGAGCAUGGUCAGCAGGAAGCUGGGUGGCUUUGUGGAGAAGUAUGCAGGCUCAGGUGUGAUUUUACACACCCAGAGCAGCUCCAACAAGGAGAACCGACGCACAGAGGGCUUAAAUCGCUACCUUCAGAACCUGCAGAGCAACCAGAGCUCUGCACCAGUUCCUGCAGCAGGCCAGCAGGGGUCUGCAGAGUCAGAGAAAGUGCUGUCUGCAUCUCCCAUGAUGCAGGUGGAGGGCUUCUUCAUGGCUCUCACCAACAGCAAUACCGAUGGCAGAGUGGUGGUGCACAGACAAGGCACUUUGUCCGAGAGCAGCGUCAAGUUCCUUCUGUUGAAUCCAGCAGUCCACUUUGCUCAGGUGUUGAAGGAGUGCAGAGCCGUCAUCAUUGCAGGAGGAACCAUGCAGCCUGUUUCAGACUUCAAACAAGAGCUACUCUUUGCUGCCGGAGUGGGAGAGGAGCGCAUCACUGAGUUUUCCUGUGGACAUGUAAUUCCUCCCGGGAACAUUCUUCCCCUCGUCUUAUGCAGCGGCCCAUCUGGUCAAGAGCUGGAUUUUACUUUCCAAAACAGAGACUCUCCUCGCAUGAUGGAUGAGACCGGGCGCAUUCUCUCCAACGUUUGCAACGUGGUCCCUGGUGGGGUUGUGUGUUUUUUCCCCUCUUAUGAAUAUUCGAGGCGGAUAAUUUCUCACUGGGAGGCCAGUGGUGCUCUUGCUCGAUUGGCUAAUAAGAAGAAGAUCUUCCAGGAGCCAAAGAAGGCCAACCAGGUGGAGCAGGUGCUGAGUGAGUUUACCCGAUGUAUCCAGAGGUGUGCUCAGGAUGGAGGAGGACUCACUGGAGCGUUAUUGUUCUCUGUAGUUGGGGGAAAGAUGAGUGAAGGAAUAAAUUUCUCUGAUGAGUUGGGCAGGUGUGUAGUGAUGGUGGGAAUGCCAUAUCCUAACAUCAAAUCCCCAGAACUGCAGGAAAAGAUGUCAUAUUUGGACAGACACCUGCCUCACAGUCAAGGAAGGAGCCCUGGACAAGCACUAAUAGAAAACCUCUGCAUGAAGGCUGUCAAUCAGUCAAUAGGAAGAGCUAUUCGUCACCGUGGAGACUAUUCCUCCAUCGUGUUGUGCGACAGACGUUACUCUCGGCCUGGUACGCUCUCUAAACUCCCCACAUGGAUCAAAGACCGCACUAGCACACACACGACUUUUGGUCCUGCUUUUGGUGCCUUGCGGAAGGUGAGAAACAAAAGCUAUUAUGUACAGUAUGUGCACUCAAAACACUGCAUCAUGACAAACACUUGAAAUUUAUUUGGAUUUCGUCUGUAAAUUACUCUUUCCUAGUUCUUCGUGGAAAAGAAGCAGAAGCAGCUGUAGUUUCCCUCCCAAAGGGAACAACUGACGUUUCCCCAAGUGCUCAACAUUAAACUUUAAAGUCCCAUGAGGCCCAGGUUGGGAAGAAUUUGGAGAAAGUUGAAGUGCAACAGCAGGGAAAUUGAAUGUGCUCUAAUAAAAAUACUGACAGAGAUGUUAAAAGUUCACAACCGCAGCCUUUUCAUAGCUGCAUUAUGUUUAAAUUCUGGAACAUUUUUGCGCCCUUGUGAUUGCUGCUGGUUCAACCAUCAACCGGGAAGUUGGUUUUAUAUUUGCUUUAAUUCACAUUCCACCUUUUAGAUGCUCUCUGCAUCUUGUUCUCUGUUUCGUCCUGAUAACAUAUCUGUUGAGCUGAAGAAAUAUCUGAUAGCAAAGACUGAAGAGGCAUUGUUUUCCUCAGUUUGUCAGUCUGGAUGAUGGAAAAGAAAAUAGCUUCUCAUCUAUUUUUAAACGCAGUAUGUUGAAAUGCAUUACUGAAAGAGCUACUACACAGAUAUCAGGCACAGCACUGGUGUAGGCAUACAUGUGACCGACUUACUCUUGGAGUUUUAAAUAUUUCAAGAAUUCACUGGCGAGUGUCGUGAUUAAAAGCUUGCUUGCUAAUCAGUUCCAUCAUUUCAAUGAGUGUUCCGAUGAUCCGUUGUAUCUAAUGAUAAGCUUGUUUAAUUUUAUGAAAUCAUUUUUACUAAAGAAUGAAUAUGAUCAAUAAAUGGUUUUAUUAUUUGAGUGUAA